GGAGAGUUUGCUGGUUGGAGAAGUGUGUCAAUUGGAUAUGGCGACUCCUUGAGGGAAUCCACUUUCAAGUGUUGGAAGACCUGAGACCUACUGAAACCAGUCCAUUUCUCUUGAUAUCAUUGACAGCAGUGAAACCAGCCGGAAAAAAUUCGGAUGGUGUAUUUAUCCGAGAUUGAAGAAGAAAUAGAAGCGAUGAGAGUAUGUUGUGUGCCAGGUGGGGAUGAGGAGAGGAGAGAGUAAGAGAGAUAGAGAUACAGUGAGUGAGAGAGAGGACAGCAGCCAACCAACGCAACGGGUCAUAGCAUAGAUAGCAUUCAGUCUUGGCUUGCUCACUCAGCACUCGCGGUACUAGUGUCUUCCUUCGCAACUGACCUAAUCUAACAACAGAUUAUGGCGGAAGAAAAUCAUGGAGCGAGCUCCGAUACCGUUCAAAUUAUCAAAUUGAUUGUAUCCAUUCUAUGGGGAAUCGUACUUAGCGCAUAUUACAUAAUUUUAGAUAUCUAUCAUCUAUUUUCACCUGCAGAAAAGAAGUCACUCAAGGGCCAGCAUGUUCUGGUGACGGGAGCUGGCCGUGGUCUCGGGCGGGAGUUCGCGCUUAGGUUCGCCAAGGAAGGAUGUCGCAUCGUCUGCGUCGACGUAGACAAGAACGGAUGCGACGAAACCGUCAGCCUCAUCAACAAGGACUUCCCAGACGCGGCCAAGUCCUACCAGACGGACAUCACUAGCCAAGAGCAGAUUGCCAAGCUGGCCGAGGUUAUGAAGAAAGAGAAUGGCCCACUUGAUAUAUUGGUGAACAACGCAGGAAUUGUAUCAGCGCAGAACCUUAUGGACGUCACACCAGAACAUGUCAAGAGAAUGGUUGAAGUGAACCUCAUGUCUCAUUUUUGGACAAUAAAACAAUUCCUGCCUGAAAUGAAGAGUAGGAAGAAGGGACACAUUGUGGCUGUAUCCAGUGUUGCCGCUUUCACCGUCGCAGCCAACAUCGCUCCCUACUCUGCCACCAAAUGUGCCGUCACCGGUCUCAUGGGCUGUCUAAGAGAGGAGUUGAGAUUCAACUUUCCUGAAAUUCAUACCACCACUGUACAUCCAUUUUUCAUCAGCCCGCCACAGAAGUAUCAACAUUGGAGUAUCAACUCGAUUUUGCCCGAGGUUACCGCUGCUGAUGUCGCUGCCGCCGCUGUAUCAGGAUUGAAACAGAACAAGAAGACCGUCACCAUCCCAUCUUACAUGUACUACACUCUUCUUCUUAUCCAUUCUCUACCAACCAAAGCAGCAGAUCUAUGGAGAGACAUCUUUUUCGCCAAAAUCAACAACUAAUUAAUUACCUCAACAAGACUGAGCGUGAUGGCAACAUAAAUUGGUGCUAUAAUGAGCCAGCAAUGAGAGAGAAAACCCGAGUUCACAUUGAAUUCGUUAUGUGGAUUUGAUUAGCGCUCUAGACAAGCGAUGUUUGAAUUCAUCUUAAAUAUUUCAACCAGUUGGAGAAAUUCCCUGGUAACAAAUAAUCAUCCCAUUAUUUUCAAGGCUGAUUGAUUCAUUGUCAGCUCAAAAAUUCAAUAUGGAGAAUCUUCCAUACAUAUACACAUUUACAUUGUUUAUAUCCUAAAUUUAAUUUAUGAUCAUUGACCCUCAAGAUGUGUAUUAUAUUGAUUAAUAUUGAAAAUAUUCAUUCAUCUUUGAGUUUCUUCUCUUAUUUCGAUAAAUUUUUGUCAUGAAUGAAAUCAAAUAAAAUGAUAGUGAUUUAUCUAUUUUCAUACAUGUUA